AUGCUAUUUCCUCCUAAAUGUAAAAAAUAACACGCUGUCUGAAUGUACACACAAAUUUGUAGCGAAUUGACACGCUGUUAAGCGCACGUAUCGUCAUCCACUUGUCAUUAAUUAUUUUAUUAUUAGUAAAUUAAAAGUAAAGUGUCACUAUUCCACUUUGUGAAAUCAGCCGCAUACAUACAUUAUACAUAAAAUGCCGUGCAUAGAAACAUUGCCUGUAUUAACAGGGGCAAAAAUGAUUAUUGUAGAUGAAGCAGUGGAUGUAAUGUACGCUAGACAACUAAUAACCGGCUGGAUCCAAUAUAUAUGGAAGAAGGAAGACUAUGAUGUCAAUCUCUUAACAUUUAACGAUGCAAGAUGUUGGCAUGACAAUACGUUAUUUUCAACAAAAUACACAGUCCACGAUUCUCGUAACAUUGAUCAUAAAUAUCGUUUGGGAAAUCUCUACUACACCUCUACUACACCUCUACUACCUCUACUUCAACGUGUACUUGACGAAACGUGUAUCGAAGAAAAUUCUCGGACUACAGUGAUUGUUGACUGCUUAAGUACCGUGAUUUUAUGGGCUGGUUUAACAAAGACUCUACAGUUUAUUAAACAGUUGAGUACAAGAGUGUCACAAAUCGUCUGCAUUUAUCGGAGAGAUCUUGUGCAGAAUAAAAUUCCUGAUAUAAUGACAUUGGGCACUACAUAUGUUAGAUUAGAAAAACUGGAAUUAGAUAAAAUUAAGCGACUUAAUACGAGCUACGCGGGACAUCACAUGUCGUCAUACAUCGCAAAACUUAGUCAUAAAAAGUUAACUGGCUCCGUGAUACAUCAAGAAGAAUUGGUGAGACAAAACAUUAAGACUUAUGAGAUCGAAUCCCAAGCGGUAGUACACAAGCCAAAUCAAGCGAAUACAAGUCAACCCGCAAAGAUCGAAUCAUCGUUUAGAAUAGAAACAAAUACUCGGGAGAUGGAGCAAAGGGACAAAACACCUUUACCCUACACCGUAAAUACAGCCAACACAUCUAAGAUAUUUUAUCAGCCAGAUGAUGCGGAUGAUAUAGAUGAAGACGACCCUGAUGAUGAUCUAGAUUUUUAAUUGCUAUCAGCGCUUGUAUGCACUCAACAAAUAUGGAUUUACAAAACUGAAUAUGUUCAUAUUCAGAGAUUUUGUAUGAUAAUAAUAAUAACAAAUAUGUAAUAUACUGCAUAUAAAACAAACUAGA